AUGGCCGAGUUAAAGGACGAAGACGAAGACUCUGCUCUGUGGUGGCCGUUGGACAUUGAGAAAUCGUGUGCCCAAUGGAAAGAGUCGGGGAAGCCGCCGUUUGUAUCGUUGUCGCCGUCUCCGAGCUGGCAUACCAUGGCGAUGAAGGACUUGCGGUACAUUUACAAGAUGGCUCUGGUGGCCAACAUUCUCGACCUGAGCAAGACAGCCGACAUUUGUCUGUUAUGGGGUGAUAUGAGAGUGCUCUUCCAGCUCGCAACGCAAUACGACUUUGUCGCUCACACCUUGGCCGCAACAUCGGCACAGAGACUUGCAUUGACUACAAAGUCACACGAAGCUGCCGAGGAUGCCUAUCACUACCGAAAACAAGCUCUCCACGGGCUGUACCGCGCAAUGGGCUGCUUCUCCGAGUGCAAUGCCGACGCAAUCCUAGCCGCAGCCCUGGGGUGCUCGUAUAUCAUGUCCGACUACCGCUCCCUCAUGGCGCUGGCAGGGAAUAUCUCAACAGUGGCCAGCCGGAUGAAGCCCUGGCUGAAACGGUCGGCCUUUCACCGAAUCUUCACAUACGAGCCCCCGUACCCGGAAAAAGAAGAGCAGGCCGCCUCGUCACCCCCCGAGAUCGAAGACGUGGAACACCGCUUUGCCCUGGUCAAGAAGCUCCUGGCCGAGGGCAUCGGCUCCGUCAACGGCCUCGCCUUCUGCUUCCAGGGCGACCGCGACCUCUCCGCCAUGCUCCGCCAGCUCCGCGACGUCAUGCGCCUCGUCCACGAACGCCUCGGCACCGACAUCCCGAUCGAAGACCAAUACCGUCUGAUCUACCCCUUUACGGCGUGGUUCGUCAAGAGCUCGGCCGCCUCGUACGUCUCCCUCAGCGCAAAGUGCCCGUUCCUGCUCGUCUUCCUGCUGCACAUGUACGCGGUCGUCGUCGCCCUCGCGGCGGCCCUGCCCCAGAUCGACGUGCCGCUGUUUGCAAAGUUUCGGCUGCGCGCCAUUCUCGAGAUUUGCAGCAUCUUGAAGAAGGAGCCGGGCUUCUUGUGCCAGCGGUGCGGUGGGUUUCACGCGUACGAAGAGGUCAUGGCGUUUCCCCUGAGUAGUGUGUCUGUGUAUCAGCAGAUUGGAAGGGAGACGGGCCUUUGA